CGGCGACAAGUGCCAAUCAUCGGUUUGUUUCUAAUCGUGGAAAAGAGUUGUGCCAUGUAUCUGUCACAUUAGUUGACAAUCGUGACUGACUUGUGUGUUCGCGUUGCAGGACGGGAAGGGGUAAGCGACUGUCAUAGGCAAUGCCUUUCAUAGCGGACGACAACCUGUGGUGUCAAGAUGCAACGGGAAAGAUGGUAGAUCUGUCAUGGCUUGAUAGCGGUCCAAAUCUUGUGGUUGAGCAAGGAAAUGAUGUUCUCCAGGAACUCAGUCAAAAUGACCUCCAUGGGCUGGUUCCUGAAACAGAGGACGAAGAAAUGCUUCGUAACAUGUCAGAUCCAGGGUUUGAAUUGGAAAGCAUAUUUGCUGUCAUUAACAACAGUGAAGCAAAUGCUAAGAGCAAUCCGGAGGAGGAGACCGCCGAGACGAUGCCUCUCUGUGUCCAGCAAUUUCAACAACAGCUGGAAGAGUUUGGGCAACAGCAUGACCAUCAACAAAAAAAUGAUUCCCUGGUUAAUGUCUCAUCCACGUCUUUCAACAUGGCCGAUUCUUCUUGUUUGUUCAACAGUGGUACUAGCAACAUGGCAAUAUCUAAUCCAUUGUUGCACCAGAGACUGACGACGACAGUGUCACCUCCUAUGAAUUCUUCCACCAAUCAGGGACCAGGACCAAGUCUUUUGGCCUCGGUCCUAGCGUCAUCUUCCGCAAUAUCUACUUCCUCAUCUGGACCAUCGGCUUCCAUCAAUGCAUCUUCAACGUGUUCGUCCUCGAUAUCAUCUGUCAUGCCGUCUUCUAGCACAGAAAAUGUUCUCAUCAAAGAAGAAACAUGCCUCCGUAAGUAG